UCUGAGUCAGAAGCGCCCGGUGGCAGGGCAACUAGUACGACGGCCAGUAAAGAGUCGGUCUCAUCGAGCGCGCGUCAAGGGGGAGAGUCGUCGGAAGGCAAGAGCAACGUGCUCGGACAAGGUAGCUUCGGCACGGUGGUGAAGGUGCAGCAUCGGCUGACAAAAGGUAUCUACGCACUGAAAACAAUGAAGAUUAAGGACGUGCAAGAGGGACGAAUGGCUUCCCAUGUGGAGCGCGAGAUCGAAGUACAACGAACGAUGCUCCACGAGAACUUGUUGAGAUUACAUGCUUACUUCCAGGAUGAAUCCUCGAUCAACAUGGUCCUCGAAUACUGCCCCAGGGGAGAACUGUAACAAAGUCGUGGUGCUAUUUAUUAUUUGGUUUUACACGUGUGGUUCUGCUCUACUCCCUAUAAUUCAAGAAAUAUCCGAUGGAUAUCCUUUCCUUUAGAUUUUGUUCCCACGACGCAUCGGCACCACAUUCUGCACGAUCAUAGGUAUCAAAUUUUGAAGAGCGCGAAUUUCUUUGACGAACCUCGGGCAUGUCGGUAUUUCCGACAUGUUUCGGCGGGUCUGCAGCACUUGCAUGCAGCGGGUAUUAUGCAUCGCGACUUGAAGCCGGAGAAUUUACUAGUCAGUCAUGAUGACGUAGUCAAGAUCUGCGAUUUCGGUUGGUGCGCCUAUUUUGUGCGGACCGACACAGACACCGUCACGGGCAAACAGAGUAUGGCUAGGUGA